AUGUCAGAUAGACAAAAGUUUAAUUGUGUGUCCCAGGGCCUACUAAAUGCAGUGAAUGCUGUCUUUCCUAAGUGCAACCAAAGGUUCUGCCUUAGGCAUAUCUAUGCAAACUUCCAAAAUGCUGGGUUUAGGGGGGAAGAUCUGAAAAAGUGUAUGGAUAAUGCUGCCUAUGCAUAUAGUGAACACAAAUUUAAGAUUGCAAUGAAUGACCUUAGAGCUGAGUGUGAGCAAGCUUGGGAGUGGCUUUGUCAAAUACCCAAGAAAACAUGGGCAAGGCAUGCAUUUGACACAAACUGCAAGACUGACCUUGUAGUUAACAAUUUAUCUGAGGUGUUCAACAAGUAUGUCCUAGAUGUUAGGAAGAAACCAAUUAGGACAAUGUGUGAUGGAAUAAAGGAUAAGCAGAUGGUGAGGUGGCAUAGGAAUAGGGAGAGUGGAAAGAAAGCUAGAUGGGACAUAACACCCCAUUAUAGUGAGAAGCUAGAGGUUGAGAAGGAGAGGGCCAAAUAUUGCAAACCAAUUCAAGCUGGUGUGGACUUGUGGCAAGUUACAAGUGGGCAGCAAACCCAUGCUGUUAACUUGCAAAUGCACACAUGUGGGUGCAGAAAAUGGGACCUAAGUGGCAUCCCAUGUAACCAUGCCAUCUCAGCAAUAAACAAGGCCAAAAGAAAACCAGAGGAUUAUGUCAGCAAGUUCUUCAAGAAAGAAAUUUAUCUGGCAGCUUAUGAACCAAUGAUCUAUCCAGUUCCUGGUGAGCAUGACUGGACAAGGACCCCUGGUCCAGACAUUGACCCACCUGCAUUUAAAGUGAAGAGAGGAAGAAAGAAAGAGAAGAGGAUCAAGGUGAAAUUUGAAGUCCCAAAGCCUAAGGCGACAUCAAGAAUGGGGACUAUAACAUGUGGCAAUUGUGGACUGCAAGGACAUAGGUACACAAGCUGCAACAAGCAGUUGAAGCCUGAGCUGGCUUUGAGGAAGAACAAACAUGUGCCUCUUGCAAGGAAUUCCAAUGCUGGUGCUGCUGCUACUACACAAGCAUCAAGAACUUCUCAUCCAGCUCCUACAUCAACACCAACAGCUGGAACAGGAGCUGGGAGAGGAGCUGGGAGAGGGGCUGUAGCUGCAGCUGCUGGGAGUAGUGCUGCUAGAGGUGCUGGUAGAGGUGCUGCACCAGGUGCUGGGAGAGGGAGAGAAUCAAUGCCAUAUAUGGCUUUUGUUCAUGUGGAUGCAUCUGAUGAGUGA